CUUCGCCCACCGUUUCCAAGGCUAAAAAGUAACAUUUGCUGGGAUAUCCGUAACUUGUUUCUCAAAGUUGGUUUUUGAGCCACAACGCCAUGGAAAAAACAAACCUCGCCGCUCCCUCUCCCGCAGGCGAGGACUCUGAUUGUCUCUCGAAACAAGAAAAACCAGAGCCUGGAUUCAAAGAAAGCACUGUGCCUCCAGCGCGCUUCUGGUUCCUCACCGUUGGCGUCUGUCUUGGCCUUGUGCUCUCCAUGAUCGACACCUCCAUCGUCGCUACUAGUAUCUACGAUAUCGGCGUUGAAUUUAAAGACGUCCGCCGCGUCAAUUGGGUUGCUCUGGCCUACACACUUGCGUACCUAGGCUGUGCAGUGACCUUUGCGCGCAUCUCCGACGUAGUGGGCAGGAAGGCAGCCUUUGUUGCAGCGUAUAUAAUCUUCUUUGCCUUUUCGCUGGGAUGCGGCUUUGCACAGACCCUUGAUCAGCUUAUUGCAUGCCGCACAUUCCAAGGAAUCGGCGGCUCUGGUCUCUACUCUCUCUCUAUGAUCAUCUUGCCGGAGGUUUGUCCGAAUCAUCUUAAACAAUACAUGGGCAGUGUAAUCGGUCUGGUUAUUGCUGUUUCAGGAGCCCUUGGACCUGUUCUAGGCGGCAUCUUGACGCACUACACCACUUGGAGAUGGGUCUUUUGGAUAAAUGGCCCGGUUGGCUUCGUCUCGCUAGUCAUCUUCUUCCUCGCUUGGCCGAAAUCUGACCAGCUGCCAUCUACUGCAAGGCGAUCGUGGAAGGAGUUUGACUAUGUCGGCUCCUUUCUGAUCAUCCCUGCCGCCGUGCUCGUCGUCUACGCAUUCCAAAACGAAGGUGCUUCUGCGCACACGGCUUGGGGCACCGUUGGUUUCAUUGUGCCGCUGACCAUCGGCCUUAUCCUCUGGCUGGCCCUGUUUGCUUGGGGCUACGUGGUUAGCCGUUUCUUCGAGGGUCGUGUAGCGCUCACCUUUCCCAUCAAUCUCUUCCGCAACAGGGCAUACGCAACUGCUGCCAUCUCCACGCUCUUCCUUGGAUUUCCCUACUUUAUUCUUAACUACGCCUUGCCACUCAGGGCGCAGGUCGUAAGCGAGAAAAAUGCGCUGGUGGCCGGUGUAAUGCUGCUCCCCAUGCUCGCCUCGUCAGCUGUGGGCACUAUCAUUGCGGGAUUCGCAAGCAGAAAGAAAAACUACAUUUUCGAGACGAUGCUCGUUGGUGCUUGUUUGAUGACUCUAGGCGUCGGGCUGCUCACCAUGAUCCACGAUGACGGAGACGACGCCAAGGCACUUGGCUUCAUCGUGUUUGUCGGCCUUGGGUUCGGCUUGACCGUCGCAUCCGCCACGAUGCAGACGUCGUAUGAGGUAUCCAUUGUAGACUACGCACCUGCUCAGGGCAUUAUUGCACAGUUGCGAAUUCUUGGAGGCAGCUUGGGCAUAUCUACCUCGACUGUCUUCCUCAACAGCAAAAUCACUGAAAUCCUAUCCGGGCUUCUGACACCCCAGGAACAGGCUACUCUCGGUCACGAUGGGCCACCACUUUCACCUCAGCAACGCAGCGCUGUGCACCGUGCCUACUCAGAAGCCUUCCAUAGUGAUAUGUUAGCUGCAGCUGCAGUAUCCGGCGCGGCAAUCCUGGUGGUUCUCGCCUCCUAUCGUCGCGGACGGAAGCUUGUGCAAGAGCAGCAAGAUGCCCGUGUUCGCGAGGAGAUAGCACGCAGAGCGCGAUAGUGUCAAGCAUCUCACUAUCCAACACUGCCGCUAAAGAGGGGUGCUACAUGGGCACACCUGGUGUGUUUGCCCUGUGCUAGUUAACUAAUUAAUAGACUUUAGAGAUAUUCCGUUUUAUGGCUUAUUUGACGCCAUCUGUAUGUUUAUUCAAUACACGUUACUUAUCUACACCUUGUGGACUCUCAGUCGCGAUGCUUUCAAC